AUGGUAGGGAGGAGGAGCGUCGGCAAAUCGCUAGAUAGCCCUUCAAGACAACUCGUUUUUGACCUCGCUAAAGACCUCGAGGCCAUACGAUUACAUCAUGAAGACUUGAAACGGGUAUACAAUUACCAAGCGCAAGCGCAAGAGGACGAGGAAGACGAAAUUGAUCGCGCACACCAAGAAUUCUAUUAUGCGGCUAUAGAAAAAACAUACGACUACUACGACGGACAUCGUCGCGAAGCGGAGAUUGUCUUACAAGAACAUCUACGAGAAGAGGAAGAAAAAGAAAGGAGAAGGCAGGAAGAAGAGCGCCGUCGUCAGGCAGAAAAAGAACGACUCGAACGCGAGCGCAAGGAACGAGAGGAAGCCGCACGAAAACGAGAAGAAGAAGCUCGACGAGAAGCAGAGAGAAUCGCCCGGGAACAGGAGGAGCUUCGUAAAAAGGCUGAAACUGAGGCUAAAGCUAAAAAGGACGCCGAGGAGGAAAAGGCUCGACGCGAAAAGGAGGAGGCGGAAACAAAAGAACAACAACGCCAAGCUGAGCUACAGAGGGCAGAGGAGGAAGAGAAAAAACGACAGACACUUGGCGGUUCUCAAGGCGUGACACAGGAGGAAGUCAAGGCACAGGAACAAUAUCUUGAACUACACAAGUAUUUGAAAGAGUUGCGAAAGUUCGUUCUCGCCGAGGGUAAGAAGAAUCCAACGUUGAAAAGCACAAUCGGAGACUAUCGACGUGGCAUUACAAAAUGCAUUGGACAGCUCAGAGAAGGUCAAGGGACAGUUGCCAAUAAGGGUCAGGUAACCGAGAUCAGGGAUAUACUUCGGAAAUCUCAAGACAUACCUAUACCCUGUGAUGCCCGUCGAUUUUUCGUCAACGCGCCUGAAAUCGCGAGCCUGGCAGAGGACAAGGCCCAAGUAUCUGCUGUAUUUGUCUAUUUACUCAACAUAUUCGUCAAGGCUGUCGUCUUGCAGCUGAUUAACGAAGCGGGCAUUAAACUCGAAUAUGCAGAGCCCCUGGGAGUCGUUGUCGCCCAAAUCUUCUCAUCCGAGCAAUUUUGUUUUCAGGGGCAUGCUUUUUCCGAUGUGUUUUGGGCCAAGUACCGAGCGUCGUGUCCUGCGCUGUGGGGAUUCUAUGGGGAUGAGAAGACGGCCGCUGGCAAGCAAGCGUUGGGCUGGAAACGAAUCGAGGCUGGAGGGCCAUUCCUGUCAGAGGGAGACCACCGUCAAAGGAUGGUAGGACUAGGAGGAGGCUUUGCAGCCGUGACGUUGCGCAACUUUGGCAAGACCAAUCGCAAAAAUCCCUUUCCCAAUCAUAUAUUUUGGAGAACAGUGGCGCGAAUGGUAUCGAUCCCGCCGAAUGAACUUCAAGAAACACAUUUCCACCUGUUAUAUGCGAUGCUGAGGUUUUCCGCGGAGCGCAUUAUCGGAUUCUGGGGCCAUGCAGGACUGGCAUUACUCAGAAGUGCGAUCGUGAACCUGCCUAGCAUUGCCACAAACAAACAAGCCGGACAACGCCGGAAAGAGCAUCUAAAAACUUUGGAGCUUGCAGACAAAGAACGCUCUUCUACACAUGCCGAAGAAGUCGAGCGACUGAGGCGAGACCUUGAAGAGUUAAGGGCUGAAAACAGAGCGCUCAAAUCAUCCAGCAAGCUCUCAUCACCACAUGCAUCAUCCCUUCCCUCAUCUGUGAUCAUGCCAUCAAGUCCGUCACCAUAUCCAACCAGCCCCUUUCGUUCCCUGGAGCUGUACGACUCUGCACAUGAUUCCGCAGCAGAUGACAUUGUAAAAUCCCCGUCCGAAAGUCAAGCCGACGAGGUAUACCAGGAACAGCACGAGUACCGAACUCGCGGACACCGAUCAAGACCGACCACGGGACCGGACUCUUUCUGUGCACUAUUUCCGCAGGACAUCGCUGUCGUCCGCCGCGACUUGCAUCUCCAACUAGCGCCUGUGCUGGAUCUGAAUAUUAUCAGUAACCCGCAGCUCCAUUUAUCAACUUUGGCCGCGAUAGGACCAUCGCUUCCGCUGGCACUACAACCGACUUUGCUGCAGUUACAGACGCCACAUCAUGCUUAUAUUGAUCUGAUUCCAUCCCCAACGCUGCGCGACUCUCUGAUUCAAGCUGGGUUCGCGGUUGCAAAUUCAUUUCUUACUGAAGUGUGUACGUUUGUAUACGAGACUGAGGAUCUGGGUCAACUGACGAUCUGGGGCCGAGAUUAUCUGAAUGUCAUGUCGUGGGAGUUCUCGGAGCAAGUGCUCAAGGCAUGGCCCAAUCUGCUGACGGAAGAGUGGCGAGAGAGGGCGAAUUUUUGGAGGGCGCAAAGGAAUGAGCCGUUGAUUAUUUUUGAUUGA